AUGAAAUCAUGUUUGCCCCCCGACUUUCAUAAAUCGAUUCCUGUGUUUGACGGUCUAAAUACUCGAUGUCAAGCUUUAGAUUGGUUGAAAACAGUGAAUCGCGUAGCCGACAUAAACCGAUGGCCAGACAAUUUCAAAUUGCAGUCAGUUCGCAAUAACCUCGGUGGUCCCGCAGGACAUUGGUUUUUAUCACGUAAUAUUACGAGUUGGAUCGAUUUCGAAAAUCAAUUCAAACGAACUUUCGUCGGCGAAGUGUUGGUUGGAGAUCGUUGGAAGGAAAUGACGCGCCGCGUUCAACGCAAAGGUGAAAAUGUUUUAGAAUAUUUUCACGAAAAGGUACAUUUGUGUGCAAUACUCGAUUUGGGAUUACAAGAAACAAAAAUUCAAAUAUUAGAAGGGCUUUUUUCUAAAGACCUGAGUAUGCAUUUACUAAGUCGAGACCACGUCGACACCGACGAGUUAUUAAACGACAUUGUCAACUUUGAACGUUUGGAUACAUCACGUACCGCCCGUAUACUAUCGUUUAAUGUCACGAAAGAACCGGUAAAAACCAUGUCGUCCGACCGACUAGAGACACGACAAAAUACAAAUUCGAGUAUAAAUUUUGUAAGUGGACCGACUAAAAGAUGUUUUAAUUGUGGUGCGAAAUCUCAUAUUGCGCCUGCUUGUCCGAAACCACGCAUAGAAAAGGGUGCAUGUUAUCAAUGUGGAUCUACGACCCAUCAACGGUCGAAGUGUCCAGCAUUGAAUCGUUAUACAACGGCGAAGACAGUGGAGGUACCGAGCAGUAAAGGGGUGAACGAGAACGAGUCCAGAAUAAUGAACGUAACGUCAAACCGAACCAAGGCUUCUCACGACCACCCGGAACCUUACGAAGUGACCUGUUCAUGCAAUGUUCCAGUAGACGCGGACACACAGUGUGAUAUUACAUUUGUGGCGAUCAUCGACACCGGAAGUCCUAUCAGUUUGGUAAAGCAUUUGUUAGGAAUGUUUAAGACUGAUAUUUUUGUUAACGAUAAUACAUUUACUAUGUGUUUUUACGUCGUACCCGAAAAUACUAUGACUAUGAAUGCAAUUUUAGGUAGGGAUUUUGUCACCAAACCUGGUGUUAAUUUGUCGUUUAAAAAUGGUGUUGUCCAUUUCGAUUUUUAUGAAGGUGAAUUGAAUAAAACCAAUGAUUUUAGUCAAAUUUUAUGUGUAAGCUAUGAACAUGAAUUUGAUAGCGUGAAAGAAAUGUUGAAUGUAAAUCCUGAGUUAGAUGUGAAUAUGAAGGAGCUAUUGUUUGAGUUAUAUCAGAAAGAGUAUGUUAAUAAAAUCAAAGAGGAAAGUACGUUGGAUAUAAAUCCUAAUUUAGAAAUGAAAAUCGUAUUGAAACAUGAUCAACCUAUUGCGUAUAGAGCGAGACGUAUUUCGUAUGACGACAAAGAAAAAUUACGUAAUAUUUUGGAUGAAUUAUUAAGAGAGGGUACAAUUAGAGAGAGUAGAAGUCCUUACAGCAGCUUAAUAGUACUUAUUAAAAAGAAAAAUGGAGACACUAGGCUGUGUAUAGACUAUUGCGAAUUAAAUAAAAUAACAGUUAAAGACAAUUUUCCCGCUCCACUGAUCGACGAUCAAAUUGACAGUUUAAAAAAUAAAAAAUAUUAUUCACUUGUCGAUUUAAAAAACGGAUUUCAUCAUGUUCAAAUGAACGCCUCGUCGGUACCGUAUACUUCUUUUGUGACCCCGUUGGGACAAUACGAGUAUCUUAAAAUGCCGUUUGGUUUAACAAAUGCCCCGAAAGUUUUCGCCAGAUUUAUGCUACAUAUUUUUUCCGAUUUAAUUAAAGCAGGUGAAAUAACACUUUAUCUCGAUGUUGGUAGCGACAGUAACUAUUUCUGA